AUGGCGGUGCCCUCAGUCCAUGAGUUUCACUGGCAGAACCUCGCACGACUGCCCAGCGGCCGCGUCUACCACACUCUAUCUGAGGUGGGGGGGCAGAUGUACAUGCUGGGGGGCUGCGACGCUGCGGGGAGGCCAUGCCCCGGCCUGGAGCUCUAUUCUCCUGAGGGGGACCGCUGGGUGAGUUUGCCCCCAAUGCCCACCCCUCGUGCUGGGGCAGCUGUGGCAGUCCUUGGAAAGCAGAUCCUGGUGGUGGGAGGAGUGGGUGAGGACCAGAGCCCCCUAAAGGUGGUGGAGAUGUACAACAUAGAGGAGGGGAGGUGGAGGAAGAGGAGCGCUCUGCGCGAGGCCCUCAUGGGUAUUUCCAUCACCGUAAAAGAUGGUCGGGCUCUGGCCGUCGGGGGAAUGGGUGCUGACUUGCUCCCUCGUAGCAUCCUGCAGCAGUAUGACCUGCGGAAGGACGUGUGGGCACUACUUCCUCCAAUGUUGACCCCACGCUACGAUGCCAACACACAUCUGCUGGGCAACAAACUCUACGUGGCAGGUGGCCGUCAGUGUAAGAGACCAGUCAAAGCCUUUGAGGUGUAUGAUGCAGAGACACGCUCUUGGACAACGCUGCCCCUGAUGCCCUGUAAACGGUCCUAUGGUGGUGUGAUAUGGGACACAGCCGGGAGGCUCUGUCUGCUUGGAGGACUGCGUCAAGGAGGAGGACACCAGAGCUCCAAGUUCACCAAGAAUGUUAACAUUUUCGACACUAACCAAGGUGUGUGGUUGAAGUCGGAGGAGACGGUGGCACUGAAAACAAAGAGGGCUGACUUUGCUGCUGCGUUCCUGCGCGGCCGGAUGGUCGUAGCAGGAGGACUUGGUCAUGAACCCUCGGCUCUGGACACAGUGGAGGCCUUUGAUCCUCAGAGGAAGAAGUGGGAGAGGUUGGCACCUAUGAGCUUCCCAAGAUGCUCCGCCUCCUCCAUUGUCAUCAGAGACCGCCUCCUGGUGGUGGGGGGAGUCAACCAGGUUCCCAGCUCAGCCCACGAGAUCCUCUAUGUGAAAGAAGAAGAGUGUGUGUAGCCUAUAGACUGAGACUGACCCCAAAUCAGAUUCCAGCAACCCUCCUGAAUCCGACUGUAGUGCAGUGUGUACGAAGCUUUGAGAACACUGAGGCAGAUGGAGUCGUGACGUGUGCAACAGAUAACACUUCCCCCUGUUGGACUGCACUGACACUGAGACCCAUAUGGAAGCACACAAUGGAGAAGCUGGCUCUUUCUUCACCCCAACUCAUGUCUCCUGAUACUUUCAGUAUGUGACACUUCUGCGUUGUACGUUGUUGUGCAUACUUUGGGUAAGAGAACAUUUUGUAGCGAACAUGUCUAGUACUAUAGACUGAGAAUACAUGGAAGACCUGUGUUUUUGGGGUACAUGCAUUUCAUGUUUGUUAAAAUGUGUUUAUUUGUGAUCAGCUUGCUAACAACUGAGCAUAUGUAGACAGUGUGAUUUCCAUAUAAGAUUUUUAUCUAGUUUGAUGAAACAUGCAAUAUUAUAUAAAGAAAGUCAUUACAAAAGAGGGAGGUUUAUUUAUAAAACUGUACAGUAACAACAUUUGCACUGAAGCAUCAACAGUGAGUGGAGGUUGAUUCUAAUAUCAAUAAUUUCUGGUCUAGUGUAUUGUAGUUAUUACACUGCGAAUGCUGUACUACCACUUAUCUGUGCUGUAACAGUGCACAUUUGUGAUUUUUACCAUAGAUCUGUUUAAAUGAACUGCAUAUAUGAAGAGAUUAGAUGUAUGAAAUGA